AUGGAGAAUUUCGGUUCAGAAAAACCGACUACCGAAGUAUCGCCCGAUCAAAGUGAGGAAGACGACCUCUUUGUCGAAGUGGACAUCGACGGAUCCAACGAGAAUGACGACUUACCGGCGAAAUCAAGCAGCUUUCUACGACAGUUAAACCAGUCCUUACAUACAAUGGUUGGCUCAAUCAUGGAAAAGUCGCUGAAACGUCUCCACGAAGACAAGACACUUCCCGCGAAACGAAAGAAACCUCGCCUGGCUACAGAGACAUCUGGACUUGAGGAAGUAGAAGAAAACCAGAGCAGCGACGAAGAUAUGCGGGCACUUUGUGGCCCAUCAAAUGCCGACUCGGCAGAAAGCUCUCAAACCAUUAACGCUCGACUCGAGCAAGACACUGUCACUGACAAUUGCAAUGACUCAUUGCUGUCAGAAAUUGAAAAUGGUUUCUCUCAGGAGGACGAUAUGGGCCCGGCUAUUACAGAGAAACGCGCUACCAUAAUCAAUAAGCGUUGGUCUGAAAAACUGAGCGAUCAAAAGCUGAAAGAAAAGCGGGAUCAAUACCCCCGCCCAGACAACUGUGACAGACUUGUGGCGCCACGCAUUAACCCAGAAAUCUGGGCGAGAAUAGACCACACUGCAAAACAGUUGGACCUUCGCGCCAGCACAAACCAAUCUAAUCUGGCCAAAGCAGGAGUUGUCGUGGCAAAAUCAACCGACAAACUUCUGUCACUUUAUCAAAAAGACUCGAAGCCCGAGUACCGAGAGCUUAUCACACUCAACACAGACGCCCUUGCUCUACUGGGACACGCGUCGUGUGAAAUGUCACAACGAAGGCGGGAAACGCUAAAACCGCAUCUUAACAAAGAAUACACGACCCUUUGCGCCUCGCAUGUUCCAGUUACAUCCUUCCUAUUUGGGGAUGACCUACAGGGUCAACUAACAAAUAUACGAGCUACAAAUAAAGUUAGCAAUACAAUCAGUGAUGCGAGAAAACAAUACAAAAAUACACAACAAUGGCGACCACGAUCAGAUUACGACAAUACGCAAUCAAAAAUUGUGCAUUUCAAGAGUGGUCAAAUAUCAAAACACAUUGCCAAAUGGCAUGAGAUUACCUCUGACCCAGAGGUUCUAGGUUCGUGGACUUCACAUUGAAUUCUCGACCGAACCUUAUCAAUGACAACGGGUAUAAUAGAAAAAUCACAACAUGAGCCGGGAGAGUUUAUCUCCCCCAUAUUUCUAAAGGAGAAAAAAGAUGGAUCAUACAGAAUGAUCCUCAAGCGACCAAAUGCUCAUGUUCAAUACUACCAUUUCAAAAUGGAGUCAAUUCAGUCAGCCAUUAGACUGCUGACACCAAACUGUUUUAUGGCAUCAUCGAUCUGAAAGAUGCGUACUAUACUGUGUUCCAAUAGCAAGCUUCCACCACAAAUAUCUAAAAUUUGAGUGGUAUGGGUCACUGUACCAGUUUACUUGCUUCACCAAUGGCCUAGUAGCCUGUUGCCCAUGCAAGUUCACAAAACUAAUGAAGCCAGUACUUUUUUACCACCGGAAAUUGGGUCAUCUAUCCUCCCUUUACAUUGAUGACUCAUUACGAACAGGUCAAACCUAUGAUGACUGUGCAGCUAAUGUGAUUGACACAACACAGCUCAUAGACAACUUGGGGUUUAUAGCUCACCCUGACAAAUCUGUUUUCAUCCCCACUCAUGAAUUAGACUAUCUUGGUUUCACACUGAACUCCAAAACUAUGCAGGUGACUAUAACACCUGGAAAGAAGUUGAAUCUCAUAGAAACAUGUAAGGAACUCCUUACGAAAGAAUACCCUACUAUCCGUGAGGUUGCUAGGGUAAUUAGGCUUGCUUAUCUCAAACUUCCCAGGUGUUGCAAUGGGACCACUACAUUACAGACUUUCUGAAGCUGACAUAAUGCAGCACUUAUAAACAUAACAAAGGAAAGUUUGAUGCCACUGUGCACUCUCGGCUGAAGCCAAGGAAGAACUUGUGUGGUGGAUAAAUAACAUUGACACUGCAUUCAACCCAGUGCAUAGGUGGCAACCUAACAUAACCAUACAGACAGAUCAGAUGCUUCAAACUGAGAUGGGGAUGUGCACUGAGUGACAAAACAACUAGUGGACUCUGGGGCCAAACUGAGUCUUAUGAACACAUAAUUUACUUAGAAACACUAGCAGUCUUUCUGUCACUUAAAUCCUUUCAGCAUAUUCUAAGUGGCAACCAUGCAAUGAUCAUGGUGGAUAAUACCACUGCUGAAAGCAUCAUUAGAGAAAUGGGAACCAGCCUAUGUAGUGCUAGAUAAAUUUGGCAGUGGUGUGAAAGCCAGAAAAUAUGGAUAACAAUGGCACACAUACCAGGGGUUGAAAACUGUCAAGCAGACUUUCAGCCUCGGUCUUUCAAUUGGGGGACUGAAUGGUGUCUUAGUUAACAAAGACAUACUUACCUUGGCAUGUAACAUGCUCAGGUUUACCCCCGACAUUGAUCUAUUUGUUUCCAGAAUCAAUCAGCGUAGCAUUUAGACCAGACCCUGAAGCAAUUGCCAUUAAUGCCUUUCACAUGACAUGGACUCAAUUUGCUCUCUAUGCUUUCCCACCAUUUAGUGUGAUAAUGCAAGUGCUAUAGAAAGUCCAAGAACAUCAAGCCUCAGGGAUCCUAGUGAUCCCCAUAUUGGCCAACACAGAUAUGGUGGCCGAAAGCAAUGA